AUGGAACAAACCUUUGCCUCGUCCACCUUCAGUUUUUGGUCCUCAAACAUCCUAGAUACUCAAAAUUGCAAUAACAUGGCACAAACAUCUUUCUCUAAACCUCCAAGAUCAUCCUCCAAUCUAAGCAACCGUAAACCCUCUUUGAUGAACAUCAAAAUUCCUUCUAUUACCAAACCUCUCCCACAACCAAACAUUGUCAAAAGUGACAGCAAAGAAGACAAUAAGCACUAUAGAGGUGUUAGAAGAAGACCAUGGGGGAAAUUUGCUGCUGAAAUCCGAGACCCUAAUAGAAAAGGGUCAAGAGUGUGGCUUGGUACCUUUGAUACUGCCAUAGAAGCUGCAAAAGCUUAUGAUAAAGCUGCUUUUAGGAUGAGAGGAAGUAAGGCGAUAUUGAAUUUUCCUCUAGAUGUUGCCACUGAUGAAUCUGCAGAAGAAUCAUCACUUUUUUCUAGCUCAAACUACAUCAAAGUUGGUGAGAAAAGAGAAAGAGAUGAAGGAGAUUACGUUGAAAUUGAGAUGAAAAGUAGUAAUAAUAACAAGCAUGUGAAGAAAGAAGAAGGGGUUUCGGUUUCAGUUUCAGUUUCAGGUGCAGGAACAGUUUGUCCUUUGACUCCUUCAUGUUGGAAAGGGUUUUGGGAUACUGAUGUUACUGGAACUAUCUUUAGUGUACCUCCUUUGUCACCCUUAUCUCCAAUUAUGGGAUGUUGA